AUGCUAUCCAAGAUCCUUAUCACGUUAUUGGCAGCCUCAACUGCGUUGGCAUCGCCAGACUUGUACGGCAAAGGCUACUACGAGAACGACUUUUAUGGCAAGGGUGUCUACCAUGACGGCUAUUACAAGUCUCCCAAAGUCUUUGAAAAGGACGUCCUUGUUGAAAAGAAGAUCUUCCCUGAAGAAAGAGUUGAGAUCUAUGGUCCUCUUAUCGAUGUCUUGAAAACGGAGGCCGAGUUUAAGAGUAUGAAGUACCCAGCCGUCGUAUACCCCAAGGUUGCUCAAAAGGAAGAAUUUUAUGAAGAACACCUUGACGUCACGUAUCUGGAGAAGUAUCCUCCUAAACCACAAGGAACCAUUUUGUUCCCUUCAGAAUAUGCCAAAUACGAAACCAAAUCUGAAGGUCCAUUUGUCCCGUUGUUCAAAACCCGAAAGGUCUAUGCUGAUGUCUUUGAAAAACAAUUUGUAUGCCCCAAGUUUGAAAAGACGAUCUAUAUCCGUAUACCUGGCAAGUGCGCUUGUGAUCCAGUGAGCAUCCACCCAAAACUUCUCAGAGCAACUGAAUAUCCGUUGCACCUGGACGGCUCAUUUGGUGACCAUCACGGUGAUGACGACGUCACUGUCUGGGAAACAAUGGGCCCAGCUUUCUCAAGGAGGGUGGCAAGAAAUGAUGCGCAUCUUCCCCGAGGAGACAUUACCAUUUCUCGACCUGUGGACGACUUGACUUCAUGGCUAUGUGAUUCAAAUAAUGCUACUCAUAUUAGAUUAGUCCAUUCAUCUGGCCAUGAUGAAGGUAUGAAGGAGCUAUUUGAUUUGAAUAAUAUGAAUGAUCGAAUGAGAUCCGGCUUGUUGGUAACACUAAUCUUUAUAGACUUUCAUCCUGAAUUCACAUACACUAUAUUCGGUGACGAUCAACGGAUAUUUGGAUUCAAGGACUUGAUUAUCAAGUUGCAUUUUGCUGCUGGAUCACUUUACACAUACUUGGACAUAUCUUUUACAAAACAAAUCAAGACUUCGCCAACUCAGCCUGCUUAUGCUGAUGACGUGAUAGGUACUCUCAGAUCACAUAUGCCACCAGGAAUGACAAACAACCUAGACGCAUUCAUGAAACGGGUUCAAGAAGAUGAAGCUACAUUCAAACCACACGGAAGGAAGAUGCACGAGUAUACACCGAAAAAGGGAGAUAGUGAUUCUGUAUUUGAAAUCUAUCAUGCAACAUUUGCUGAUCGAGGAUUCAAAGAAUAUCAUGAGAGGAUGAGAUUGUUUGCCAUAUUUUAUAUUGAGGGCGCUGUGAAUCUUAAAGAGGAUGAGAAGUGGGAGUGCUUUGUCACAUACGAAAAGAGGAAUGAUGGCAGUCGAGAUUCAUAUACCCUAGUUGGAUACUCGACAUGUUAUCCCUUCUAUUGCUAUCCAGAUGGUGUUCGAAUGAGUAUCAGCCAAUUCCUGAUCCUACCACCAUAUCAAGGCCAUGGACACGGUGGAUCUCUAUACGAUUUCCUAUAUCAAGAAUUCAGUUCUCGAAACUCACCAAUAGAUUUCGGAAGCAUGACUUCAUGGAGUCAAAUGCCUGUCAGGGAGAUUAGUGUUGAAGAUCCAAACGAAUCCUUCCAACUCAUGCGAGAUCGUCGAGAUGUACGACUAGCUCGAAAAGUCAACAUGUUUGAAGGAUUGAAUCCCCCAGCUUCGUUUGCAUCUAUUAAUGAAGCUGUUCGACGGUAUAAACUUUCCAAGUUACAAGGAAAUAGAACAUACGACCUCUUCAUGUUCUCAUCCCUACCAACAUCUACAAAACAAGAUUCACCAUUGACUAAGGCAUAUCGUCUUCACGUUAAAAAGAGGCUGUAUUUGAAAAACAUCGACAAGAUGCUGGGAGCAACACCUGCUGAUGUGAAGAAACGAUUGCAGCUGUCUUAUGAUGGUUUGGCGACAGAGUAUCGAUUGCAGUUGGAUCCUAAUACGUGGAAGACGCCUGUUGAAGAGGAGAUAUGA